UUUUCUUCGGGCCAGUUUGGCAUGGGGCUCCUCCUCUGCCGGCCGCGCUCGACGUCGUUCGACGACUGCGCGCUCCCGCCCGAGCUACUGCAGCACGUCGCGCAGUUCAUCCCGACAGCGGCCGACUUCUUCCGCUUCCUUGAUGCGCUACCGCUCGACGUCCUCACCGAGCCGCUCGCGAGCCUGCUCGAGCUCGGCGGUACCUUCUUCGAGCCGGACGACCUCUGGCCCGCGCUCGCCUUGCCACCGCAUGCCGUCGUGGAUGCCGAGGCGCGCGUGCUCCUCGCCAAGGCCAUGGUCAUGUACCCGCUCGUGCGUGUGCGGCAUGUACCACAGGCCCUGAGCUGGCCGCUGCUCCCGACGACGACGAUCGCGCUCAGCAGCUUUCACAUGAAGCCGGACGCGUUCGACUUGGCAGUGGCCCACUGGCCUGACCAGCUCGUGUCUUUGCACGUCCUUUUGCUAGAGAAGGCGCAGGCGCAAGACGAAGAGGGUGACGCAACGUGGUGUCGCGCUCGCGUCUCGAGUCUCUGCGAUGGCCUUCGCACGCUGCGCCGCCUCCGGCAUCUGCACCUCCGGCUCUGUCUUCGCCGGCCCGCGCCCGAGCUCUGGGAUGCGUUAACUGCCGCGAGCGCACUCGAGUCGCUCACGCUUGACGCGGAUGCCGACUCGGUGUGGGACACACGCCCGUUGUCAAAAUGGAUCGUCGGUCGCCCGGGCUUGCGCAGCUUGCAUCUCAUCAACCUCGUCUCGGAUGCAAGCGCUGCAGACGACGAUGCUACGAGCGAGCUUGCGACCGCGAUCGUCGGCGCGGCGCAGCUCCGGUCAUUGCAGCUGGUGCACUGCGCCGUCACAAGAUCGUUGCUGCAUCAUAAUUUGCCACCGCAGAUGGUUCGUCUGGUCAUUCACACGGACGACGCGUCGAUGGAUGUUACCCAGCUCGUGCGCGCCGCCGCAAGCGCACCUGGCUUGCGCAUCUUCUCGCUGGUGUGCGCACCGACAUCACGGCCCUCGCCGCUUCUGGCCUUUCGAGCGGCCACAAGCCUUCGACACCUCAGUCUCAAGUUUGUACCAAUCUCGUUCGAUGCAUGCAGCGACCUUGCGAGGCUGCUACCUCGCCUGCACACUCUCACGCUGGAUGGCAACGACCUGGAUGACGACGCUGUAGUGGCACUCGCACCAGCCUUCGCCGACGCCAUCCUCCUCCGCAAAGUGUAUGUGCGGCACCAACCGUUUGGUGACAAGGGCGCUAUGGCCCUCGCGACCGCGCUCCCACGCUCGCUGCGGGUCGUGUCGCUGGCCAAAAAUCAAAUUGGCACGGCCGGCGCGGUAGCGUUUGGCGAGCGACUGCACUUAGCAAGUACGCACUGGACGACACUCGUGCUCCGCGCCAACCCGCUGGGCCGAGACGGCGUCAUGGCGCUUCUCGCCGCGCUCGCUGUCCGCCCAUUCUGCGCGCUCGAUGUGGUGCAUACUGUCGUCCAUGCCUCCGAGGACGACGACGUCGACGCGUGCAAAGCCAGAAUCGCUGGACUGCCCCACGGCACGACCGUGGACUUUUGGUGAAUUGAACAUGAGUCUAUGUACAUAUUAGUUUGUGGAUUGGCUGCACAGAUUGUCGUUUCCUGUCGACCGGUGCGAGCGAGUGACACUUGGGUGAUAGUUGAUACAUUCUUGAUACAUUUCUUCGG